AUGCCGACUGAAGAGAGAAAUAGAAAACGAAAAGAAGAGUUAAUUAAUCAAGCCGCCGCUAAAUGUUCUCGAUUAAAUCAGUUUUUUAGAGCGACAACUGAUACCGCCGAAUUUAUUAAUGAAAUGCCAACUACAAGUAAAAUUUCUGUUGCAUCUUCAAGAACAAAUAUCCACGUGUCUAAUGAAAUGGAGUCUAGUUUGGAUGAACAGGGUUGGUUUGGCCAAGCUCGCAAGAGCCUAAAGCAGAAAAAUAACUUCAGUAAUCGAAAGCGAUUGCAUGACUUAUUGCGGAGGAAUAGAUGCUUUUUAGGUUUAACUGAAAAUGGUCCCCAAGGCAACGAUGAAUGUUUGCAGAACCUACAGAGCAUAGUAACAUGUAACAACAAUGCCUUAGCCAAGUGGUUGCAUGAUAACCAAACAAUUGUCCGGAGCAACAGAGAUGAUAUCUUAAAGAUACUGCAAGGUAAUAUAAUUAAUAUACAAUGUUUUUUGCAGCAGGUAGAGAACACUGAUGUCAUCUAUGAAUCACAACGGCAAGCCACUCAGGCAUCACAUGAUGAAAGUGUUGCAAUUGUUGAAAACAAUUCGCCGGCACGAGGGGUACAUGAGCUUGAAGAAGAAGGAAAAGAGGUUAGUUGCAGGACGUACGCCAACUGCACCGUGCAUCUUUUAAGUAGUGCAGUUGAAGAAGAGGUGUACCAAGGCCUCCGCGAAAAAGAUGCAACAUCAACUGAGCGUAUCUGCUUCGCGGUAGAAAAUGCCAUUUCGCCCUGCAUUGCUAUCACAAAUAGUAAACGCGAGAAUCUUUCAGCCGUUCCAUUUUAUGCCACUUUUUUUUCCGACGACCAAAUUGAAGUUAUUUUGAGAUUAGGUCAGACAGACUUACCAACAAUACAUUUAGAUUCAACGGGGUCUGUGGUUCGUCGUCUUCAUAGCAAACAAACUAUAUAUCUAUACAGCGCCGUAGUAGGUCUUGAUGCGGGUUACGCUCAAAUUUUUGAUUUUAUAAGCGAUCGCCAUGACACAGCUUCAGUUGCUUAUCAUUUGAUAAAUUUUAGAAGAUACGUCAUAAAAAAGGUAAACGCCUGGCCAAUUUUUAUGAACGUGGUUACAGACCACUCAAUGGCAAUGAUAAAUGCCGUUUUAACUGGUUGGAUUGGAGUUGAUUUGAGAGGUCGUUUUGCGGAGUUGUUAAAAAACCAUGUUGAUGCGCGUACGAAAGAAAUUCUAUUGCAAAUACCCGCUUCUCGUAAAAGAAAAAUAAAAACAGUGGUAAAAGAAUGUGAGGAAAAUUAUUGGGGGAAACGUAAACCUUUCAAAAGUUAUUUCAACAGCAUAGUUACCGUUAAAAUACCCACAAUAAUUUGCAACAAUGAUCAAAGUGCAAAUGGCCACAGCAACAUCUGUAUAACAAAUUCCAACAUUCCGAGCAACAAAUGCUAUUACGAGCAAAUAAUCAGUAGAAAUUGUUACGUUGCCAAAAAAGGAAAUGAUAGGUUGUUGCUUUCGGAUUUUCAGACUCUUUUUGGAGAAAAAUGGCCCCAAUAUUCUUUUAAUGCUAAUUACAUAUUUUUCCCACUCGUCGUCAACAACAAUCAUUACUGUUUAAUAACUGUAGAUAAUAAUCUAAACAAAAUAUUUUUCUAUAACCCUCUUGGAUCAUCUAUUUUGCAAAUCAAACAAUAUGAAAAAAGAUUUAAACGUAUGUCCCAAAGAAUUAACAAACAAUCAUGGGAAAAUUUCGACUUUGAAGCGCAUAAUGAACUGCCAAAGCAGAUGGAUGGCCACAACUGUGGAAUUUUCAUCUACAUGGUCAUGGACACGUUAGAUAAAAGCAAACCAAUUGGAAACGAAUUUGAUCCAAUAAGAUGUAGAUUAAAAAUAUUUGAUGAUGUGAUUGCUAAUUCCGAUAACAUGAUAAAUGAAUGUUUAUUUUGUUGUAAUGAAAGCGCUGAUGAGUUAUGGAUUCAGUGUCAAAACUGUUUCCGCUGGGUUCAUAGAAAAUGUACCCUCAUCACAUGCAUUAAUUGGACUAAAGUGUUGUAUAAUUGUAAUAUUUGUCGGUCUCUACUUGGUCAAAUAUAA